AACGAAACUUACGGUGCACUGUGGAGAAAUCGCUUCGCCAUUUCCUAUUUGCUAUUCUAAUAGUUUGCCUAAUUCCAGUUUAUUGACAAAGAAGGCAAGUCUAGUGUAGAGAAUCAUUGUACCAUCCCUGUGAAAUAUAUUUUCUGUAACCAAAAAUAUUGUAUUUUCAGCAGUUUGAAGCUGGUAAAAUACACAAAAACAGGAAGCAUAGAUCUACCGCUUCUUAGACUUGCUUUCAAUUAGAGAGACAGAUCUAUAAAUUACAUUUCUAUGUGAAUUUGGUCGGGUCGCCAAAAAAGGUGACAUUGCAGCUUUACUGAAGAGAACCACAUCACGUCUACGUGCUGUUUUGAACAGACAGAUCAGAGCAGCAUUGAAGCAUGCCUUUUCAACAACCCUUCUUCAAUCCGAGAGUGCCGUUCACUGGCUGUAUCCAGGGAGCUCUGCAUGAGGGGAAGACCAUCACUGUGACAGGGAGAGUCCUGCCAGGAGCCCAGAGGUUUCAUGUGAAUUUGCAAUGUGGCUCAAGAGGAAAUCCUGACAUAGCCCUCCACUUCAACCCCCGAUAUGACAGCUUCCUAGACGUUGUGAUCUGCAACACCAUGCAGCACUCCAAGUGGGGUUCAGAGGAGCGUGAAUACUUUGCAACCAUGACCCGGGGGGCUAACUUUACCCUCAUGUUCCUGGUCAACAAAGAUUCAUAUUCGAUUAUUGUGAAUGGUGCCCUCUUCAUGGAGUACCUGCACCGGCUCUCGUUUUCCAGAGUGGACACCAUCUCUGUGGAUGGGGGAGUGGAAGUCCAGUCCAUUGCCUUCUCCAACCCUGCAGUCACCUCACCUCCUCCCCAACCAGGAUAUCCUGGCCAUCCACACAGUGGUCAACGAAACCGAAAUAGAUCUCGUCAAAGCAAAACUGGCCUCCAAACUCCUCCUCAAUGGUGUAAUGCCACACAGGCUUUCUCAGCUGCAGGAUUUCUUCAGGCACCCCCCCCAUACACUGCCCAGCCUCCAUACACCCCCAUGCUGUCCUUUGUUGUGCCGUAUAAAAACAUAAUGGCAGGUGGACUUUACCCAGGCAGAAACAUCACCAUCCAGGGUGUGGUCAACCACAACGCUGAUAAGUUCUGUAUCAACCUGCGUUUCAACUCGGGGGUGGCGUUCCACUUCAACCCCAGGUUCAAUGAGAACGUUGUAGUUCGUAACAGUCUCCUGAAGGAACAGUGGGGUCCAGAGGAAAGGACAGGUGGCAUGCCCUUCUACAGAGGCCAACCUUUUACGGUGAUCAUCAUGUGUGAUACCCAAUGCUACAGGGUGAUGGUGAAUGGAGCCCUGAUGUUCAGCUACAACCACCGCCACUUCCUUUUCCAGCAGAUUGAUAUUCUGGAGGUGGAGGGGGACGUGAGCCUGUCCGCUGUGCUGGUCUGAGUUACAAACACACUGAGGUCAAAGUUCAGCGAAAGUAGGGUCUGAUCAGUCAGUGCAUUAUCUCACAUUAUGUGUGAGGAAUCAUGUCUUAUGUGUCUCUGUGUGGCCAUUUUCUGUAUUGAAAAACUGUGGCAUUUUACUGUGUUGCUGAUGGUGAGAUGUUUUACAUUUCUCUCUUCCAUAAACAAUUAUAGGAAAUAUUGUCUUCUAUUGAUCAUAUUCCAGAUAGCCCACAUGAUGCCUGCUGUAUGUCUGUGCUUUCUGUCACAACAAUGUUUCCACAGCAAAUAAACAGCAAUAUAUUGGAA